CGCUUUCCGAUCAGUCGCUAGUGGUCCACGGUCGAUUGAAAGUCUUCGGCGACAGUAACGCUUUACGAGUGCGGCAAAGGAUCGAUGAUUCCAACGAUGAGCCGUUUGUUUAUUUUGGUGUACCUUCUUUGCGCGACGCUUCAGACGACGCUUCAACAACCGGUAGCGAUGGCCGAAGCUGAGAAGGAUCGUCCCAUACCGGCGAUUUACGGUACUCCACCGGAACCGGCAGUGAAGGUGCUACGCGAGGCACGUCCAAUAACGGAACGGGAAAGUUUGCAAGCUUCCGACGAUAUGCAGCAGUCAGAAUCGUACACGUACCGUUACUAUCGUCCGUUGUACUAUCCGGGGGUUUACUAUUCGUACUAUCCACGGUACCGUUGGUACAGACCGUACUACUACUACGACUGGUGGUACUACUGAGCCAGCUGUCGCAGGCACCGAUCCGAUUACUGAAACAUGACCCGUACGAGCAGUGUCUUAGUUCGUUACUCUUCCUAGUAGACGGAAGAUUCUUUCAUUAUUCGUCAAAGUGCCAAUCACAAAAAUGUUUUAUUUGCUUUUUAGAAUACGUUCUCCGUCACGCUAGAAUGAAUAAAAUUGUCGUUCACCAU